UGCAGGUUAAAACGACCACUACCCAUGGUUUAGUCCAGGAACCUAGAAACGUACGGCUAGCUAUCGACCUCAACUCCCUCAGCGCGCGCGUCUCCUUCACUACUCUCUCACUCAGCCUACUCGCCGGCGAUCUCCCCCCGGCAGCGCGGUAAACUUCCUAUAUCCUCCUGAGAUCCGGCCGUCCACAUCGGAGAUUCUGAUACGCGGUCCUUGUCCGAGUCUGAGUUGAGGAGUCGUUGGAUUAGGGUUUUUGCUCAUUGGAUGCUGGGAUUUCUGGUAAUGUGGUCGGAAUUUGGCGGUUCCGUGUCACAUUGACGGAAGGGAUCGAUAGAGUUAAGCUAAUUGAGCUAGGCUGUCAGUGCUGCAUUUGUCUUCUGCUGCUGCUGCUACAGAUCAGAUUCUAAUUUCUACUUCCGCGGGAUCUCUUCAAUGGCGUGACUGAGCUGCUGGGAAGCUGAAAUGUGCAAAGUGGAGAAGAAGGAGCGGGAGACCGUCGAGAUGGGGACGAAGCCCUCGGGGUCCGGGGUGGUGUCAACGUCGCCCCGGUCACAGAUGAAGCUGUGGAUGGUACGCGCCGCCACGUCGCUGCUCCUCUGGACCUGCAUAGUUCAGUUCACCACACUGGGGGAGACGUGGGGCCCUCGGCUGCUGAAGGGAUGGCCUUCUUGCCACUCUCAUGAGGAGGAGAAGACGGCGGUGGUUCUGGAGAGUAAGGCCGUUCUAGCUCCUCCCCUGCAGGUUCUGCCUCCCAAGAGAGUUUACAAGAAUAAUGGCUACUUGGUGGUUUCCUGCAAUGGAGGACUUAAUCAAAUGAGAGCAGCGAUAUGUGACAUGGUUGCCAUAGCGAGGUAUUUGAAUGUCACUCUCAUAGUUCCUGAAUUGGACAAAACUUCCUUCUGGGCUGAUCCGAGUGAAUUUCAAGACAUCUUUGAUGUGGAUCAUUUCGUUACAUCUUUGAGAGAUGAAGUUCGGAUUUUAAAGGAAUUGCCACCUAAGCUCAAGAAGAGAGUUGCUCUAGGGAAGACCCGUUCAAUGCCCCCAGUCAGUUGGUCCGACAUUUCUUACUACCAUCUUCAGAUUCUUCCUCUGAUACAGAAGUAUAAAGUAUUGCAUCUGAAUAGAACUGAUGCUCGACUUGCAAAUAAUGGUCUGCCUCUAGAGCUUCAGAAGCUCCGCUGCCGAGUUAAUUUCAGUGCCCUCAGAUUCACUUCUCAGAUAGAGGAGCUGGGUCAGAGAGUCAUCAGGCUUUUAAGGCAGAAUGGUCCCUUUUUGGUGCUUCAUCUCAGGUAUGAGAUGGACAUGCUGGCCUUUUCGGGCUGUACUCAUGGUUGCAGUGAUGAAGAAGCUGAAGAACUGACGAGAAUGAGAUAUGCUUAUCCCUGGUGGAAAGAGAAAAUAAUUAAUUCUGACCUGAAAAGAAAAGAUGGUCUAUGCCCUUUGACUCCUGAGGAAACUGCUCUGACGUUGAGAGCACUUGAUAUUGACCCAAAUAUCCAAAUCUAUAUUGCAGCUGGUGAAAUAUAUGGCGGAGAAAGGAGAACGGAAGCUCUUGCCAAGGCUUAUCCGAAAUUGGUUAGAAAGGAGACAUUGCUCGAUUCCGCAGACCUUAGGUUUUUCCAGAACCACUCAUCUCAGAUGGCAGCAUUGGAUUAUCUUGUGUCACUGGAAAGUGAUAUUUUUGUUCCAACAUAUGAUGGCAACAUGGCCAAGGUUGUUGAAGGACAUCGCAGAUAUCUUGGUUUCAAGAAGACAAUUCUUUUGGACAGGAGGCUUCUAGUUGAGUUGAUAGACCAAUAUUACAAUGAAUUGCUAAGCUGGGAUGAGUUCUCAUCUGCUGUAAAGGAAGCUCACGCGCAUCGAUUUGGGCAACCAACGGAGCGGUUGGUAAUCCCAGAUAGGCCGAAGGAAGAGGAUUACUUCUAUGCCAACCCAUACGAGUGUUUGCAAUCGUCAAAGGAAUUGCCAAAGGUUGCCUGGUGAAGAACUUUGUUGAAAAAGAAGCUAAGGGUCAUCAAUCUUUUGCAUAUGCAGUGGUGAGCUAUCCCCUUAGAGAGAUCUUCGACCUGUGAUCUAUCCAGGAAUGCACCAGUACAGAGGAUAUUACGUGAUAGAUGACGCGGAACUUUUCGGAAGCCUCAGAUGUUAGUGGGCCUGCUGCUCGAGGGAUGACUUGUCCUAGCACGUACUUCAGGGGAUCCUAGAUGGUUUAAAGAAAAACAAGCUGGGAGAAAUGUCUGUUAUAGGUUAAACAUAGGAACUGUUGGUCACGCCGAAGAUUCGCGUAACAAAUUUCGAGUUUCAAGUUGAUUUAUAGGAUGUGGAACCCUGACCAUCUGUAGCUUUCUUGUAAAAACCAUUUAUUGACUGAAGGCAAAUUCAACGCGAAUCAUUACAUUCAUUUAUAGUUUUCUGGCUAA